AUGGAGGAAACCAAUUCUAAAAGAAAAUCAAAGAGUGGAGUACCAGAACUUCAUGAAGGAAAUAGGAGGGGACCUUCAUUGCCAGCAAAGAUGAAGACAAGCAUGUAUGCAGAGACUGCUGCCGACUCAUACAGAUCAGUUCACAAUCCCACAGCUGCCGACUCAUACAUAUCAGGUCACAAUCCCACAGCUGCCGACUCAUACAGAUCAAGUCACAAUCACACGGCUUCCGACUCAUACAGAUUAGAUCACAAUCCCACAGCUGCCGACUCAUACAGAUCAGGUCACAAUCCCACAGCUUCCGACUCAUACAGAUCAGGUCACAAUACCACAGCUGCCGACUCAUACAGAUCAGGUCACAAUCCCACAGCUUCCGACUCAUACAGAUCAGGUCACAAUCCCACAGCUGCCGACUCAUACACAUCAGGUCACAACCCCGCAGCUGCCGACUCAUACACAUCAGGUCACAAUCCCACAGCUGCCGACUCAUACACAUUAGGUCACAAUCCCACAGCUACCGACUCAUAUAGAUCAGGUCACAAUCCCGCAGCUGCCGACUCAUAUAGAACAGGUCACAAUCUCGCAGCUGCCGACUCAUACAGAUUAGGUCACAACCCCGCAGCUGCCGACUCAUAUAGAACAGGUCACAAUCCCACAGCUGCCGACUCAUACAGAUCAAGUCACAAUCCCACAGCUGCCGACCUCAUACAGAUCAGAUCAGGUCACAAUCCCGAAGCUGCCGACUCAUACAGAUCAGGUCACAAUCCCACAGCUGCCGACUCAUACAGAUCAGGUCACAAUCCCGAAGCUGCCGACUCAUACAGAUCAGGUCACAAUCCCACAGCUACCGACUCAUACAGAUCAGGUCACAAUCCCACAGCUUCCGACUCAUACAGAUCAGGUCACAAUCCCACAGCUGCCGACUCAUAUAUAUCAGGUCACAAUCCCACAGCUGUCGACUUAUAUAGAUUAGGUCACAAUCCCACAGCUGCCGACUCAUAUAGAAGAGGUCACAAUCCCACAGCUGCCGACUCAUACAGAUCAGUUCACAACCCCACAGCUGUCGACUCAUACAGAUCAGGUCACAAGCCCACAGCUGCCGACUCAUACAGAUCAGGUCACAAUCCCACAGCUGCCGACUCAUACACAUCAGGUCACAAUCCCGCAGCUGUCGACUCAUACAGAUCAGGUCACAAGCCCACAGCUGCCGACUCAUACAGAUCAGGUCACAAUCCCACAGCUGCCGACUCAUACAGAUCAGUUCACAAUCCCACAGCUGCCGACUCAUAUAUAUCAGGUCACAAUCCCACAGCUUCCGACUCAUACAGAUCAGGUCACAACCCCACAGCUGCCGACUCAUACAGAUCAGUUCACAAUCCCACAGCUGCCGACUCAUAUAUAUCAGGUCACAAUCCCACAGCUGCCGACUCAUACAGAUCAGGUCACAAUCCCACAGCUGUCAACUCAUAUAGAUCAGGUCACAAUCCCACAGCUUCCGACUUAUUUUGA